UUCAGACAAUUGUCUCUCUAUAGUGUUUGCUGUCAUAUUCAGACAAUUGUCUCUCUAUAGUGUUUGCUGUCAUAUUCAGAUAAUUGGUUUUCAGUUUCUUGUUGAACAAUCUAUUUUUUAAGGGUCUUACAUCUCUUCCAGUUUGAAUGGAUUCAUCUAAGUACUGGCUUCAGGGAAAGAUUGAUGAGGAGCAUGGAAUGAAUGGGGAUAUUCUGACAUGCUCAAGGCCAGUGAUAGAAAGGAGGCUAAGAGCUGAGCAUGACGAAGCUGUCAAGUGCCCAAGGUGUGAGUCCAGGCACACCAAGUUUUGUUAUUACAACAAUUACAGCCUCUCUCAGCCCAGGUACUUUUGCAAGUCGUGUAGGAGAUACUGGACCAAGGGUGGAACCCUUAGGAAAAUCCCCGUUGGUGGAGGGUGCAGAAAGAACAAGAAAGCUGAUACUAAAUCGGCAAAUGGUCAAUCUUCUAGGUUAUCUAAUAAUUCCCAUAAUCCAACUGAUCUCCAUCUUUCAUUUCCUCAAAUGCACGUUUCUCUCCUUGACAACAACUUACUUGCCACUCACGGUGCUGAUACUAACCAUGUAUUUAUGGGGAAUGGUGGAGGACUUGGGGUAGCACCAAAUUUGGCUCGUACUUACUCUCCAUACGUGAUGUCCAUUGAUGGGAACGUCGGUGCUUUAAACGAGGCUUGGCAGCGGACAACGUUUCCUUAUGCUGCGAGUGAAGACUGGCAUGCAGUCGAGGUGAAGCCAAACACUGAGCUCUUGUCUCUCGAUGGCCGCGACACUAACGGGUUCUUCAACAACUGGGGAUCAUCAUGGAAUGGAAUGAUGAAUAAUUAUGAUAAGGGAUUUAAAUAGCGUUCGCGGCCGCGUUUUCGGUCGCGUCGCGUUUAUCACGGUUGCGGACAUA